GGUAUAAAAAGAACCGCAUCUCCUCUUUUCCGUCACUGCCUGCACAGGUAUUGCUCUGUCGACCUUCCAUUUCUUUUUCUCUACCUGUUUAAUAACUACCCAUCAGCCAGGAACCAUGACUCAGCUACAGGUGUCCAUGUGUAUGAUGCUCGACACCUUUGAAAAGUAUGCAAAAACUGAUGGCGACCCGAACAGUCUGUCCAAAUCUGAAGUCAAGACGUUGCUGGAAAAGGAAAUGCCUGAAAUGAUCUCGGGAGCAAAGGACAAAAAAGCAGUGGAUGACCUGGUCAAAGCUCUUGAUUUUGAUGGAGAUGGCGUGGUGGACUUUGAGGAGUUUAUGGCGGUGGUAGCUGCUCUGACCUGCUGCUUCCGUGGUGUGCCAACCAAGGGCAAGAAGUAGAGACCACACCCUGGGGUGGAGACAAAAGCACCAACAGCUGCAUAACACUGCUGAAAUUCCACUUGUUUUGUAACAGAUGAAUAAAUUGGUUUAUCUUCCUGAA